UGUGGCGUGAGAGGUGAACCUUACUGGGAGACACCAUAACACUAAAGACAACAGUGCUCUCAGGAUGACAAGACACCUGCCGGAGACCUGCACCAGCUACUACACCUCCAACAACACCUUUGUCAAUAGUUUUGGCUGUCCAAGGAAGACUGACUCCAUAGAUCUCAUCUAUUGCUGUGGAUUUGUUGACUUAAAAUACUGCUGCAAUGAGCCGGGCAACUACUUUCCAUAUAAACACGACUACAUGUUAUCUCUUAGUAUAGGAGCUCUUAUUGGCCUGGCGAUUGCAGCAUUGGUUUUACUAGCAUUUGUUGUCAGUGUGUGCGUACUAUGCUACUUAUUUCUAUAUACAAAACCACAGAGGAUAGAGACUGGUUUGAAGCUUCAAAAUUCUGGAUCAUCAUUAUCAUCAUCACAGAGAGGUAAUCCGAAGAAAAAAGCUAAGUCUGGAUAUUCUGCUACUACACAUAAUUCGACAAAUAAUAUACUCUGUGAGACCGAUGGCACUGUGCAAGAAAAACUGGCUGACGAGACACAUAUUACCAUACUAUAAACUGCAAAACUACUUAUAUAUUUAAUUUUUUAUUAUUUUUCUAAAAAUGUACGCAAAAUUGAAUGCUGAAUAAAGAUCUAUUGUA